AUGGUCAUGCACUGGGCAUUGCUCUGCCUCAUCUUUUCCCCUCUGGCACCAGCCUCUGAAUAUGGCUUGCCCAAAUUUAUCUGCAGUCCUAUGCCACUGGACAUGGAUAACGGCUGCCAGUCAGCCAGCCAGCAGCGACAUGGAACAGGAGCAAACAGUGGGAAUAAUGGGCACUGGGUAGGGACUCUUGAGGAAGCCAAGGAAACCAUCUUGCAUCUGCGGGAGACAGUGGUGCACCAGAAGGAGAUGAUCCUGGAUCAAAGGGAGACAGUACGGGAGUUGACUGCCAAGCUGAGCCGUUGUGAAGCUCAUUCCCGCAGGCACACCGGGGAGCACCAUGGUGGCCACCACGAAGAGAAUCACAGCCAUGGCCACGGCCACGGGCAUGGCCACGGCCAUCAUGAGGGUGGCCAUCGAGGCCAUCAUGAGGGUGGCCAUCGUGCCCACCAUGAGGAUGGUCACAGGACACAUCAUGAAGAUGUUCAUCAGGGUCAUCGUGAGGAUGGUCAUCAAGGCCAUCAUGAAGAUGGUCAUAGGGUCCACCAUGAGGCUGGCCACCGGGAUCUCCAUGAAGGAAUCCAUGCACGAGAGAAUGAGUACCAUCAUUUUGGACAACGGGAGCACCAUGAACUACAGGUGGGGCACAACACCCAUGAUGCCUUUCGCAAGACAGCUGCAGCUGCAAACACCAUGGAGGAUCCACCCAAGGAGACAUCUGCAGGGGUAUACCAGAUGGAGAGGAUGCUGGAAUCCCUCAAGGAGAGACUGGAACAUCUACAGCACAAUCGGAACAGCUCCGUCUUCUCCACAUCCCUGCGGGAUGCUCUGCAAAAGAAGAUAACCCUCUUGGAGCAUCAGAUCCAUGAGAAGUUGAACACUUCUGAAAACCACACUCAUGGUGGGCCAACAGCAGCUGGGCUGAGGCACAAACAUGCUUCUCAAGGACAGAGUGUUGAGAAAGCUCAGUCCCACAUCUCUGAUCCCCUCUGUCCUCCAGGGCACAAAGUGGAGAAACACUCCGAGGAUUUCCGCGUGGGCUUUCCACUCCGCACCAACUAUAUGUACGUUAAGGUCAAGCGUACCCUCCAUCAUGAAAUUUUUGCCUUUUCCAUCUGCCUCUGGCUCAAAUCAAGCUCAGCACCAGGCAUGGGCACCCCCUUCUCAUACUCAGUACCUGGCCAGGCCAAUGAAGUAGUGCUCAUUGAGUGGGGAAAUAACCCCAUGGAACUGCUCAUCAACGACAAGGCUGCCACACUGCCUUUGGCUAUUAAUGACGCGAAGUGGCACCAUAUCUGUGUGACAUGGUCAACUCGAGAUGGCAUUUGGGAGUCAUACCAGGAUGGAGUCCGAAGAGGGAGUGGGGAGAAUCUGGCUCCCUGGCAUCCAGUGAAACCAGGAGGUGUUUUCGUACUGGGUCAGGAACAGGACACUCUUGGUGGCCGCUUUGAUGCUACACAAGCCUUCAUUGGAGAAAUCUCAGAUUUCAACAUGUGGGGCCAUAUCUUGACGCCGGGUGAGAUUUACAAGAUGGCAACCUGCACUAGCUAUGCUGGUGGUGACCUCAUCAACUGGGCUGAAGCCUCCAUGGAGCUUCAUGGAGGAGUGGUCAAGCUACCGUUUAAUGCCUGCCACUAAGAAGCCAUGAAGGAACAGGGACUUUUGGGUUCACUGAGAGGAGAGCAAAAUGUAGUGGUUCAGGACAGAAGCUCAGGCUGUGGGAAAAGGCAGAAAAGGGAAACUAGUGGUGUUAAAAUAUGGGUGGGGGGAAACUAAGUUCCCAGGGCUUUCGGGGGAAAGAGUGGGAAUCUUUUAAUUCGGGACAGGGUACUCCAGGGUUCCUGGGAGGAAAAUGAGAUGCAAGUGGCAACUUUUGAGAAGGAGAGACUUGAGAUUUGGGAAGCAGAAAGAUUGGACUUUCAGCCUGAUCAAAUUUUUAUCUAAAAAACAAAGAAAAUAUUUGAAGCAUUGAUACGCUUCACUAUAUGGAGUGGCUGUAUGGAGCUGAAGAAUUCUCUGACAAACUGAGUUAAGCAAACAUCUCCCAUCUAGAAAGAACUCCUUUUCUUGGGUACUAGUGGUGGUAGCUUCCUUCUGUUGCCUUUGUGGAAUACACUUCCCAGGAAUUGGAGGGGAGUUGGACAUUCCCUCCCACCCUUCCCCUUCUUCCAAGCAAUGUUCAUAUGAGGAACUAGAUGGCCACAUUCUCUUGAAAGGUGUGGACAUAUCUCCAGCACUUCAUUUCAGAAGAUCCUAUUUUUAGUAUCCUAAUAGUAUUUUGUGAACUCAUACCUUAGCUUAGUUGCUUUCUUUGAUGGAAUACACCUCUCUCCUUCAUCCAAUCAACUGCACAUCCUAGUAAGACUCUCAGCCCUUUCAGGACCGAUCCCAAACUUAGUGAAACUAGAUUCUGAUCCUGCUGUUGGUUUUUUCUUUUCCCCUCCUCAAGAACUACUUGCAGUAUAAAGGCCUGCUUUGUAAGAUUGGCAGAUCUGUAGCAAUAUUUUGUUCUUAACACAGAAAUACAAAAUAUGUGCCUCUACAUAGAUGCAUCUCUUGCAAGGGGGAUUCACCUGGCCAUUUAUCUGGGCUUUUCCCCAGUCCUAGUAGUUCCAUUUCAGUGCUGUGUUGAAUUUGCAUGUGUUAGACUACUCCUAAAAAUGGUUCAAUGAAUGGUCUAUUGACAUCAGGAAUUCUACACUGAGUUAUACCACUUUCUGGAAAAUCUUUCAGAUACUGAUCAACUGUGCAAUCUGAAUAUGGGCUGAAUUACAUGAAUCAUGUCAUGUAAUCCUAAAAGGUGAAUGUCAGUGCGGGUCGAUGGGAUAUAGUGAGAUUUUGGAAAUACUGUAAAGCCAUAUCACACAUCACUCGUGUUUUGCGGGGGUUUUGUUGCAGGCAAGCAUUCUGAUAUGCUGUGGCAACGCGGGCAUUCAAAUGUUCACAUUUUAGUGCUUCAAUGUGCAACCCGCAUUAACAUUGACUUUCACAGCAUGACAUGAAGCAAGACAGAAGAUCAGGUAGAAAAUAAAUGUUUGGUUGCAUGCUGAAGGGCAUGAAUCAAUGUUCUACAUGCAAAUUCAACUCCGAUUGACUGAAAAGCAUCAGUAUGGGUUGGAAAAGAAACCUGGGGAAAUGGGUCUGUGGAGCUCUAUUGCGUGUCAUAGCAGAUAGAUUGGUUAGAUUGUUCAGUCAGUUACAGGGAGGUGGCGGUGGGGAAUUAUGUUUGUACUGUCACCAGUUGAAAUAGGUGGACACCAAGAGGUUAAUGAGAAUAGACCAUCUGGAAGGAAAAAUGAAAUCCAGCACAUCAAAGAGCAGUGGGUGUGCCUUGAAGACAGGAUGUCUGAAUUCUCGGGACUUUUAGUCUAAGACAUUUAUGCCCCGAGUCUAAAAUGAGCAACUGCUACCCCUGAGCAGGUCAUGUACCUUUAUAGCAUGUCUGUUCUAAUGUGAGGGGCUUAGAAGAAAUCAGAAAUCCUGAAUUCUUUGGAAAGAACAAGAGAUGCA